GCCAUCCCAACGAAUCAUCGCUGCUACUGCGCAUGCACCAAAAGGUACGUCCCAAUUUGCUGCCCCUCAAAUACCUGCCCAAAUUCGCUGCCCUUCCAUGUCGGCAUUCUUCAACUUCACCUCGCUCAUCCGACUCACAGUUCUUUCAAUAUGCACGAUAACAUACAUCAAGAGACACUUUCCAUCGCUUAUUGGACGGUCUAACAAGGGAAUGAGCAGCAUAUUCUACAAGGCCACGGUGAUUGGCGAAAGGCUGUCGCCGUAUGUUGCACUUAUGUGCCUUUUUUUCGCUGUUGAGAUGUUUUUGUCGUUUUUUUAUUGAGCACGGGUUCGAUUGAUGUGGAGGUGGCGUAGAAAUAAAAGUGCGUGUGAUUUAGC